GGUCGCUGUGUGUCUGCGGCUGCUCGAGCGUUCUCUGCUGUGGAGCGUCCCGGAGCUGAAGACCUGCACCGAACAAUGAGGACAAACCUGUUGUAAAACAAGCACAAGCAUUAGUUCGGACGUCAAAAAGAUGGAAGUGCUGGACCAAGAGUAUCUCGGGAGAUGGGAUGGCCUGGGGAGCCGGGAUGCCAGCUCCAGGACUGAAGCCAUGGAGAACAUCCACCUGGAGGUCAUGAGGAAAGUGGAGGCUAUUGGGCCCAUACCAGCACUGGCACCCUUGGCCCCGGGCUUGGCAAGUCCCCCGAACAGCGAUCUGAACGACAUCCUUGCUCAUCUGCUCAUGCUCUCCAAACGGUGUCCCUUUGAUGACGUCAGGGAGCGAUGCAUUCGGCUUCUACGGGCUGUCCAGGACUUGGGAGUAAGGAUCCCAAGACCCUUAGGAAACGGACCAAGCAGAUUUAUCCCUGAAAAAGAGAUUCUCCAAGUCAGUAAAGUGGAUACCAGAACACAGUUGAUAUUCGAGAAUGCAUUCGCAGCCCUCGGUCGCCUGGAAAAUAUUUCUCUGGUGAUGGGCUUCCACCCACAGUACCUGGAGAGUUUCCUCCGGACGCAGCACUACCUGCUGCAGAUGGACGGACCCCUAUCUUUGCACUACCGACACUACAUCGGCAUCAUGGCGGCAGCUAGACACCAGUGUUCCUAUUUGGUCAACCUGCAUGUGAGUGACUUCCUCCAGGUCGGGGGGGAUGUGAAGUGGCUGAAUGGCCUGGACGAGGCGCCGCAGAAGCUGCAGCAGCUCGGGGAGCUCAACAAAAUCCUGGCCCACCGACCCUGGCUUCUCACAAAGGAACACAUCGAGCGCCUUCUGAAGGCUGAGGAACACAGCUGGUCCCUUGCAGAGCUCAUCCACGCCGUGGUCCUCCUCACACACUACCACUCCCUCGCCUCGUUUACAUUCGGCUGUGGCAUCAUGCCCGAGAUUCACUGCGACGGUGGACACACUUUCAGGCCUCCUUCCCUCAGCCAGUAUUGCGUGUGUGACAUUGCCAAUGGCAACGGCCAUGCUUAUCACCAUGAAGAUCUGCUUGGAAACCAGGAGGUGUGUGGCGAGGUCGAGGUGCUGAUGGAGCGCAUGAAGCAGCUGCAGGAGUGCCGCGACGAAGAGGAAGCCAGCCAGGAGGAGAUGGCAACCCGCUUCGAAAGGGAGAAGACAGAGAGUAUGCUGGUGGUCACAGCGGAGGACGAGGAGUCUGUCCCCUCCAGGGAAAUCUCUCGACACUUUGAGGACCCCAGCUAUGGCUACAAGGACUUCUCUAGGAAGGGGGAGCACGUGCCCACGUUCAGAGUGCAGGAUUACAGCUGGGAGGAUCAUGGCUUCUCUCUGGUCAACCGACUGUAUCCUGAUGUGGGUCAGAUGCUGGACGAGAAGUUCCAGAUGGCCUACAACCUGACCUACAACACCAUGGCAACGCACAAGGACGUGGACACCAGUAUGCUGCGUAGGGCCAUCUGGAACUACAUCCACUGCAUGUUUGGCAUCAGGUAUGAUGACUAUGAUUAUGGAGAAAUAAACCAGCUUCUGGACCGUAGCUUUAAGAUCUAUAUCAAGACCAUGGUGUGUAGUCCUGAGAAGACCACCAAACGAAUGUAUGAGAGUUUCUGGAGGCAGUUUCAGCACUCCGAGAAGGUCCAUGUUAAUUUGCUUCUUAUGGAAGCACGAAUGCAAGCAGAACUGUUAUACGCUCUGAGAGCGAUCACCCGCUACAUGACAUGAAGUGCUUAUGGCAAUUUUAUCGUUGUCUUUUUACUGUCGUUGUUGUUGCUCAUUAUGGGACACGCCAAGAAAAAGGAAAAUCAAAGCGAGGGAGGGGGUUUAAAAAUCUGAAAGAGAGUCCUGGCUUGUUACGGUGCUUGUUGGACGGAUGGAUGAGAACCAGAAGAGGAUCAGAACAAAUGGAAAGCAAGAAAAAAAACUGCUGAAGAGAAGUCAUCUCAAACUACAAGUGGAUUCACAAACACGUUUGUGUUGCCUGCAGUGCCAAAAGCGACCAAGAGAGGUCAGCCUGGGGCAAACUCCUGCUCAGCUGGGGAGUUUGUGCCGGGCCGGAGCACUGACACCGGAGGCAUCCAGGAUGACAACUUUUCAGUAUUCCAGCAUGAUGCAACACAUUGGUUGCCAAUCUCUUCUGUCUCCUGUAGAAAAUCCCCAGAAUGCCGUGCAGCCACAGAGUCUGCACUUUGAACCUGUCGUCACUAUAAUGUUUGUUUAGUUUCUGGACGUAUCUUUUUGUAUUAGGAGAUGUGGAUGUUGUCCAUGUGGUUGCUGUUAGUGGAGAUGGAAGCAUUAACUUUGGGCGGUGUUUCGUUUUACGUGUGCCUGAGCUAUCCAGCACAGUGUGCAUACGUGCUGAUGCUGCUGCUCCCAUGUUGUAUUCAGCGGGGUCAUAUUGAUCCCCAAAUAACCCAACCCCCCCACCACCACAUUAUACCCCCUAUCCAUUCGAGAUCCACUGCAUUACCCCCUUCCUCCUCUUGUCCUCCACCCCCCCUCCCAUCCCAAAAUCUCAAAUGUCAAUUUAAGCUAAUCCAAGGAUUGUGUGAAACCUGGAGAAGUGUGGAGAGAAACUCAAAGAACACUGAGCCCUUUUUGAGUUUAACUGUACACGUGUGGAUGAGUUUCUGUGUUCAUGAUGUGUGUGUGUGUGCAUGUGCGUGUGUGUUUGUUUCACACACAACGGAGAAAAAAAAAAGUACGUCUUUGAAUUUCAUGUGUCAAAAAAAAAGCGAGGCAUCUUGAAGGAAAGACUUCUUGCUUCUGCUGUAGCUCUGUUUUUGUGAGAUAACUGUUUUGUCAUUUGUUGAUGAUGAUGUUUAUGUUUCUGGUAAGGGGAAAAGAAAAAAAAAAUCUUAAAGAGAAAGUUAGAAACCAGGUUUUCCAGGAGGGAUUUGCUUCCGGUUGCCCUAACCACACCUUAUCUGUCUUCCGCUUAUCCCAGCUGCCUGGUCACCCUAACACUUUUGAAGCUUUGGAUUGUGAAUUUUACCAGUAAAUAAAUACCUCUUCUGUUUUUUUCUCUAUAAAAAAAACAUAUGAGAAGUGCUCUUUGUUGAGCAGAGACUCUUUCCGGGCCGCCGCGUUCUCUUUGCUCGGGGAGCCGGCUCGCCCACACAGGGCCGGCUGCGGUCGAUCAGCUGUCGAACGCAGGCGGUUGUAGCUGUGCUUAUUUCCCUGCUGGGGAAGUCUAACAAGUGCAAAAGCAGCUUUUUUUUUAUUUUGAACAGAGGUGUAAAACCUCUACUGUUUUGUUUUUGUUUACUAAAACCAGUAAAGAACUGCAUUCUCCUGAGGUUGUGUUGAGAGAAUCAGACAGAUGAAUGAAUGAGUGAUAUCUCGAUGAGGAGGGUGAAGAUGAAAAAAAAAAAAAAAGGAAUGGUACAUUUGGAAGUGGUUUGAGAGGAAGUGGAGGUUUUUCAGACUUCUGACUGAUGUCAGUUACUGACACUUUUAUAUGAAACUAUAUGAAAAAGAUGGAUAAAAAAAAUAAAACUAUGAUAUCGAA